CUGUUUUCCCCCCUCCCUGCGCGUCCCAAGUCACGUGAUCCCUGGAAAGUUUUCAUAUGAGAAGGGAAGAUGCUCCCCAAGAAGAGAAAACGAAGGCGUUGCACAGAAUUUGCCUCUUUCCCGGAUGAGGGGUCUGCAGAGGAAAGGAAGAGAAAUACCGGGGCACCGGCAGCUGCCACUUCCAUUUCAGGCGCCUGGCUUCGUUGUGGUGAUGGGUUUCAGGCAGCUUCUUCACUGGAGACUAAAGAAUCUUCUGAGAAAGCAUCGAGAGCGAAAAAGUGCUUUGCCUCAUUGCUCAGCUUGGUUGAAGGAAUUUCUAAAAGUGAGAGAUCAAGUGAAUGCACUGACAUUGUAUGGAGUUCCAGUGGUAGUGACGUCUCUGAUGAUGAAAACAGGGCAGUGACUUCAAGGUUCCCAUGUCUUCAGGCAGAAAAAUAUAGAAAAUAUGAUUUAAUCUUCAAGGAUGAAUGUAGUGAAGACGAACCACAAGUAAUUGACUGGGAAAAUGAUAGUGAUUAUGAGGAACAUGAUAAACAGCACAGUGGUUCAAAAAUGGAUGAUGUUUCUUUGGACAUAUCAGACUCUGAUUCCUCUAUGAGCAGUAAUUUUUUCCUGGAUGUAAAGAAGGAAGAUGAACCUAAAAUGGCAAGGUCUAUAGAAAUUUUAGAAUACUCAUCAGACAGUGAAAAUCUAGAAGAAUGCCAAAUAGAACCCGAAACUGCCAGUCUAGGUUAUUCUAAGAAGUUCCAGAUCAAAUUUGGAGCAGGGACUGAAACAGAUACAGGAAGAUCAGCAAGUGACUGGUUGAAAUCUGCUCAGAGCCUUUUGCAGACCCCUAAGAAAAAGGCUAUUAAGAGUUCAAAAACCCCAGAAGAUUCUGCCAAAAAAAGAAAAUUACUGAGAGGAGGGCUAGCAGAGAGACUGAACAGACUUCAGAACCGAGAGAGGGCCACCAUUAGUUUUUGGCGGCAUCAGCGUACUUCUGAUGAUCAAACACUUUCAGGCAGUAAAUCUGGUGUAUUAAUAGUAAAGAUCUUAGAAAUGCAUGAAGAAUGCAGUCUCUGCAUUGCACUCUGCCAUAUGUUGGGACAGUAUACUUCUGAGACCUCUCCCACUGAAGAAAUUGCUGACAUUCAGCCUAAGCUUAAAGUUCUCUUUGCAAAAGAAACACGAGCUCAUCUCAAGGCAGCUCCGAAUGAUGUUAUACAUAUUCAUCCCCCUUGGCAAAAACUUGUCCUCUUGAAUGAAGCCAUUCCUGUUAUCAUGAAUACUUAUUUCAGUCAGAAGAUCAUUCUUAAAGAAGUGGAUAGGCCACAUUUUCAAGAGCCAUUGCUUAAUAAAAGAAGCAUAUCUUUGGCCCAGAUAUUCAAUUUAUCUGAUGAAAAAGAGAGUUGUCCUCAAGCUUCUGCAGUUAAUCAGGUUUCCUGUCCGCAUAUGAAGACUUCCACGACUGUUCAUGAUCAUAGCAUCAGUGAACCCAGGCUAUCCCUUUUCACAGCUCCUAAUUUACGUGAUUCUCUUCUUGAUGUUGUGGAGACAGAAGGAACAGCUGGAGGGAAAAGAAUCCAAGUCCAAGUAGUUGUUCAAAGAGUGUAUUACUUGGUUGCUAAAGACAAUUCAAGAUGUCAUCUUCAGAGAAAUAAUCCUCCUCAAACCAUGGCACCAUGUUUAAAUUCAGACUUGACAAGUGCUCGAUUGUGCCUCCUUGUUCAGGACGUCUAUGGAAUGUUCAGCGAAAUACAGUUUCAGAUCCCAUUUUCUUCACCAGAACCAAUAGAAGAGUACAGCAAAAGAUGGGAAGGAAGACAUUGCAUUUUAUCUGGAAUGAAAAUUUUGCAAAGAGUCGUCAGAGGAAAAGUCCUGGGGCUUUUUAGCCUAAUAGAAAGUUUGUGGCCUCCCCAGUUGCCUCUCAAAGUUCCCGGCCGCAGUCAAGAGAAUAACGUGCAGAUUACAGCUGAUAUGCCUCCUCCAAGUUUCUGUUACAUUCUUGUUGCUCCUUCCGGCCAAAGACACAUUGAGGUCGAUGAAGGAGAACAGAUUUCAAAUUGGUAUUUCCCUCCGACUGUGCAAAGUCUCAAAGAGAUCCUACAGAUGAGCAAAUUACACCAGUGUUGCAGCUUUUGGGCACAUGUUGUGUAUCGAAGACUGCAGGAAAGGAGGAGCACCCUAUCAAGCCAAACACAAAGUUGGCUAUUUGUGACUGAUUUCUCCCUACAGAAAGAGGCUGAGGUUGGUCCUGGGACUCCAAAAAUUUUGCCCAUCUCAGUUGCGUCAACUUGUGUGGUUGAUGGGGAAGUCAUGGAGGCACUCAAGAGCACAUCUCCCUGUGUUGUAUUCUUCAAGGAUGCUGUAUAUGGGAAUGGUAGGAUUAUUUGCAUUGAACGUACCGUUCUCUUGUUACAAAAGCCCCUUUUGUGUAGGCCUGCUGAUGCUGACAUCACUAAACUGCCUGGUCCUGUCGAACUUGAUGAGCUGGAUUCUGCAACCCAAGCCAAUUCCAUUUGUACUGUAAGAGGCAUUAUUGUAGGAGUUAAUGAAAAAACAGCUUUCUCCUGGCCUACAUGUAACAGAUGUGGAAACGGGAAAGUAGAGCAGCGUCCACAAGACAGAGGACUGCUUUACUGCAAUCAAUGUUGUGAAGCCAUCAUUUCACCAGUUGUCAAAAUGCACCUGGAAGUCUUUGUGCAGUGCCCAUCCCGACCAUUAUGCACCGUAAAAAUCAAGCUGCUACAAAAGACCAUUUCUUCACUUCUGGACUCCUCUCCUACUGAGGAUGGUAGUUAUGAAGUGAAGAAUGUGCUGGGAAAGGAGGUGGGGUUUUUAUACUGUUUCGUCCAGUCUGUGACCAACCACCCAUCUAGCUGUGUUGGAGUGGAAGAAAUCAUUCUCCCAGAUGUGGGAGGAAAAGAAAAGAAAUAGCGUCUGCUAUUCUAUGAACUUUGUAAUAUAGUUGUGAACUACGUUUGUAGAUAAUGUAGAAUACAGGCAUAUAAGUACUUGGAAGCAAUAAAUAACUUUCAGUCAUCUGUCAAAAUACCUUUUUAAUGUUCAUGCUGAGCGUCUGUAAAACAAUAUUAAGCUUGUUCUGUUCUCAUUGACUUUAGUGAAAUACUUGUAUUUAAAUCUCUUACAUUGGAAUCAAUGGAACUUUUUCAGUUUGCCAUAGUUUGUAUUUUUAUAGUUUAUUGUCAUCUAAAAAAAUUCAGAGCAUUAAAAUAAAAAGUUCCAACAAUACUUUUAGAAAGAGAAUAUGGAAAUGUUUUAAAUGAAACUUCUUCUUGAUCUGGAAGUUGAUCUUACAGCGUUUCAAAGGCUGAAAUGUGUUUUUUUUCCCCCUAUGUAGGUAUCAAAACAGUUUGUAUAAAUUAUGAAUCCCAAUAUAAUAUAAAGUGUAUAUAGUAUGACUUGGAUUAAUGUUGAUAUAUUUAUUUUACAAAUUUCAAAUAAAGAUUAUUACAGAUUGUUAAAA